AGAAAGCUUAUUGAUGGAGAGGGUAAGGGUUCGAUUGAUAUUCAAGGACCCCAACAUUCUCAGCGACUCACAGAAAUCAGAGGGUUUGAGGCGUAGUUGGUUUCUACUCAAACCCCAACAGCAACACAAAACUAUCUCUGAUGUUUCCUCUCAUAUUCUCACCACUUUUCAACUCCAUCACUCUUGUCCUCAUGGCCUUCUCCUCUCUAUGGAUGGUUUUCUCUUGCCUCCCUUUGAAUCAACUUGUAUCUUGAAGGAUAAAUGUAUAGUCAGUGUGAAGAAGAAAGGAGAUGUUUUAGCCAUUGAAGGAAAUGAUGCGCCUAAUAUAGCUGAGAAUAACAGAAUUGUUGAGAAGCAACCUGUAAACACAGGACAAUUGCCGUUGGCUAAUAAGGAGUUUGACAAUGAAUCUGGAGGUUAUGAGAGUGAAGAUGAGUCUGAAGAUGAGGAAGGGUCAGGUCUGGAAAAUUCCUUGGGUUGUAAUGUGAUCUCCAGGAAAAGGAAAUCAGAAACACUUCCUAGCUCGGAGAAGAAGAAACAUUGUUCUGACGUUGCUGAGAAGGUUGAUGAGCAGACCAAGAAAUCUCAACAAGAUCUCACAAGCAAGAAGAGUCUUUGCAAGCAAAAGAAGGUAGCUAAUCCGGAUAGCAAAGAUGUGGAUAAUAACAAAGGAACUGCUGAAAGUAGCAAGGUCGAUGCCAGUAUUUCCGGCCUGAAAAAAAAUAAUGAGUUUCAAGAGAAAGACGUGGAGAAUGUGGAGGCAACCACCAAGCCUGAGAGAGUUAAAAAGUGCUCAGGUGUUGAUUCUUUCUGUCAGGGCCCUAGUAGAAGUGCCCGGAAACAAUAUGCGAAAAGGCAACGGUUGCGAGAAAUGCUCAAAUUUUAUGAGAAUGUAGCUGCUGAAUCAGAGGGACUUAAGGAAAUGCAGGCUAAUGCUGGAAGAAGAGCUGGUAACUUGCACUCAAAGUGGCAUGUUAAUGGUGAGACUGAUGGCAGAGCAAAGGGUCGUGGGAAUUGGAGGCAGCAACAAAGCAAAACUAAAAAUCAAGAGGUGAUUGGCCAACCAAAAGGACUUCUGCACUGGAAGCAAUCACGCGAAGAAGAUAAGGGUGGAAAUACAAACAGACAAGAGCAGGCGAAUGAAAAAAGCACUAUGUGUGAAAAACCAGAUCAAGCUUUGCAGCAGGAUCAAGUGCAAGAGAUAGAUUUUUCGUCAGUUCUUGAAGUUCGCCUUGUCAAAAAUGGUACUUCAGACUCUGUAGCAGGACUUUCUGGUCAGCCCAGUGAAGGUCCUGUGACAAACGGUACUUCAGACUCUGUAGCAGGACUUUCUGGUCAGCCCAGUAAAGGUCCGGCUUCAAACGAAUCAAAUCCAGUGCUUAGCACCAGUGAGAAGAAAACUGAUGGCCCAACUACAGUAGUAAACCUCUGGGAACAACUCAGUGAGACCAUAAAGGCCAAUACAGAACAGUCAUAUGAAGAAAGUAGCUGGGGUAAGUGGAACCCUGCAAAGAGCUCAUGGUCGCAUAGAGCUUUGACAGGAAGUGCUUGUGGUCCUACGAUGGCCUUGAGAGGCAGAGGUCGUGGUCCUACAAUGGCCAGAGGCAGAGGUCGUGGUCCUACAAUGGCCUUCAGAGGCCGUGGUCGUGGUCCUACAAUGGCUUUCAGAGGCCGUGGUCGUGGCUACAAUGGCCGUUGAAAGAUUUAAAAAAUGAAUUAUGAGAUGAAGCAAACCUUGUAUAUACUGUUCUUUACUCUCAAAAUUUUAGCUGAAUGAAGAAAGACAAACUCCGUUUGGUAGGUAUCAGGGGAAAGUUUGCUGCUUACAGUAGCAGCAAGUUAGUGAUCUUAAUGCAUUCCCUGGUGAAUUUUGCUAGUGUUACCUUUGGCCGUCUCGCAGCUAGCAUUUAAAAUAUGUACUAUAUGUAGCUUGCCAAAACUUCUUGUUGUAUUGUACUGCGAGUGUCUAUGCAAAUCUGGUUUGAACUUUUGGUGUAA